AUGGAGUUCAUGUCCAACGUGUCGUCGGGCCUCGACUCGUCCAAGCCCUCCCUCUUCGAGCUCCUCUCCGAGUCGCAGCUGCGCGACCUCCUCGAGCCCUCGGUCCGCUACGUGCUCGCCGUGUUCACGCAGCGCCACCCGCGCUACCUCAUCCACAUCUUCAACCGCUACGAUGAGGUCUACGCGCUGUUCAUGCUGCUCGUCGAGCGCCACUACCUCACGCGCUGGGGCGGCAGCUUCACGGAGAACUUUUACGGCAUCAAGCGGGAGCGGGUGCUGGCGAGGGAUCUGCCGCGCGCGGCGAGGGCCGUGCCGGAUGUGGCGGCGGCGAGUACGAGGUUGAGGAGGGGGGAUGUGUGGAGGAGUUUGUUUUUGAUUGUUGGGGUGCCGUAUUUGAAGAGGAAGCUGGACGACGCGUAUGAGAUCCAUGCUGGCGGUGCCGCGGCGAAUUUGUUUGGCUCGAAUUAUCGCAAUGACGAGCCGGCGGAGAAUGCCACCGCCCGCGAAAAGCUCCUUUACUACCUCAAGAAGCUCCUCCGCAAGAUCUACCCCACCAUCAACGCCGCCUACUACCUCUCCACGCUCGCCUUCAACCUCGCCUACCUCUUCGACAAAUCCCACUACCACACGCCCUUCCACUUCCUCGUCAACAUCCGCAUGCGCCGUCUCAAUGAGGCCGACCACCGCGCAUUCGAAGCCGCCUCCCGCCCCACCUCCCGCCCCGGCGCCGCCCCCUCCCUCACCGCCCGCACCCUCCUCUCGCCCACCGCGCUCUCACGCCUCAUCCUCCCGCGGCUCCUCGACUCACUCAAGAUCCUCCUCCCCACCAGCAUCUUCUUCCUCAAGUUCCUCGAGUGGUGGCACGCCUCCGACUUUGCGCGCCAACUCUCUGCCAAGACGGCCGCAUCCAUCGAGCUGCCGCCGCCAUGGACCAUCCCGCCGCCGCCGCCGCCGCCGCCGGCCGACGACGACAGCGAGGAGGAGGGGCACGGCAUGGAGCGGCAGGGGCGCAAGUUGGUCAAGGUGCAGGAGGAUAGCCGCAUCUGCGCGAUAUGUGAGAAUGAGUUGACGAAUCCGACGGCCGUGCAGACGGGCUAUGUGUUUUGCUAUCCGUGCAUCUUCCGGUGGGUGCAGGAGGGCGAGGAGGAGCCGGGGAGCGGGAAGGGGUGCUGUCCGGUGACGGGGGUGAGGCUGUUGGGUGGUACGGAGGGGUUGAGGAGGAUUAUGGUUUAA